ACAGCAACAUCCGCCACCGCCGCAUCAGGCCAUGGGGGGAGUGGAGAGCAUUCCGGCCACGCUCAGCCACGGCGGCCGAUUCAUUCAGUACAACAUCUUCGGCAACGUCUUCGAGGUCACCGCCAAGUACAAGCCCCCCAUCAUGCCCAUCGGUAAAGGCGCAUACGGCAUCGUUUGCUCGGCUUUGAAUUCGGAGACGAACGAGCACGUUGCGAUAAAGAAGAUUGCGAAUGCGUUCGACAACAAGAUCGAUGCGAAGAGGACGCUGAGGGAGAUCAAACUGCUGCGGCAUAUGGAUCAUGAGAAUGUUGUUGCGAUCCGGGAUAUAAUCCCUCCACCGCAGAGGAACUCCUUCAAUGAUGUUUACAUUGCGUAUGAGCUCAUGGACACCGACCUCCACCAAAUCAUUCGAUCCAAUCAAGCACUCUCCGAGGAGCACUGUCAGUAUUUCUUAUAUCAGAUCCUCCGAGGAUUGAAAUACAUACACUCUGCAAAUGUUCUGCACAGGGACUUAAAACCUAGCAAUCUUCUAUUAAAUGCCAAUUGUGACUUAAAAAUAUGUGAUUUUGGACUAGCUCGAGUCACCUCUGAGACUGAUUUUAUGACUGAGUAUGUUGUUACAAGAUGGUACCGUGCCCCAGAGCUAUUGUUAAACUCUUCAGAUUACACUGCAGCUAUUGAUGUAUGGUCAGUAGGUUGUAUUUUUAUGGAAUUGAUGGAUCGGAAGCCAUUAUUUCCUGGCAGAGAUCACGUGCAUCAGCUUCGUCUGCUUUUGGAGCUGAUUGGCACCCCAUCAGAGGCUGAGCUGCAAUUUCUAAAUGAAAAUGCUAAGAGAUACAUUCGGCAGCUUCCUCUCUACCGUCGACAGUCAUUUACCGAGAAGUUUCCUCACGUCCAUCCUUCAGCAAUUGAUCUAGUUGAAAAGAUGUUGACAUUUGAUCCUACUCAGAGAAUUACUGUUGAAGAUGCCCUAGCUCACCCCUAUUUAACAUCUCUCCAUGACAUCAGUGAUGAGCCUGUUUGCACGACUCCCUUCAGCUUCGACUUUGAGCAGCAUGCACUCUCUGAGGAACAGAUGAAAGAGCUGAUCUACCGAGAGGCACUUGCAUUUAACCCCGAGUAUCAGCUACAGUGAGUUAUUUGCUACUUAAUUCACGUGGAUUUUCAAUUGUGUGGUCUCUAGGUUCCAUCUGUUCGGUGUUCGGGAUUGAUUUUUCAUGUAAAUAUGUUCCAUCCGAAAGUGGAAGGUUAUAGAUUCGAAUUAUUGAUCAUGUGGAACAAUGACAGCGAUAUUUGCAUCGGCUAGUUUUGAUUUC